AACCUGUGUUUCGUCGGCACACACACAGAUACCGCGCAAAAGAGAAAGGGAAAGAUGCAGAUCUUCGUGAAAACCCUAACGGGGAAGACGAUCACCCUCGAGGUUGAGAGCAGUGAUACCAUUGACAAUGUCAAGGCAAAGAUCCAAGACAAGGAAGGGAUUCCUCCUGAUCAGCAGAGAUUGAUUUUUGCUGGGAAGCAGCUGGAAGAUGGUAGAACUCUUGCUGACUACAACAUCCAGAAAGAGUCUACCCUGCAUCUUGUUCUAAGGCUGCGUGGAGGAAUUAUCGAACCUUCUCUUAUGGCGUUGGCUCGGAAAUAUAAUCAGGACAAAAUGAUCUGCAGAAAAUGUUAUGCUCGCUUGCACCCAAGAGCAGUGAAUUGCCGGAAGAAGAAGUGUGGUCAUAGCAAUCAGCUGAGGCCCAAGAAGAAGAUCAAGUGAGCUAUAGAAGGUCAUUUGCAUCUGGUGGGAUGGGUUGGAAACUUAAAGAUAUUUGUGAUCUUGCUCACCAGUUGCUUGUUUAGCUCUGGAUAGGGUUUGUCUUUUUUAUUUUUAGAACUUCUC